ACAAAAUUGUCAAUUCAUGGUUGAGUCGUGAACUUGCAUUGUGAUUUGUUCUAAUUUCGAUCGAAAGGAAAUUUAUUAACAAAGAUUGAUUGUUGAUUAGUAUAAACUAAAUUGAAAUGAAUAUCACAUCAGCCGCGGGGAUCAUAUCCCUGCUCGACGAGCCUAUGCACGAAGUAAAGGAAUUCGCUUUGAAGAGAUUGGACAACAUCGUCGAUGAAUUCUGGCCAGAAAUAUCUGAAUCUGUCGAAAAAAUAGAGAUAUUACACGAGGAUAAAGUAUUUUCUCAGCAUCAGCUAGCCGCUUUAGUGGCCAGUAAAGUUUAUUAUCAUUUGGGCGCAUUCGAAGACUCACUUACAUAUGCAUUAGGUGCUGGUGAUUUGUUCGACGUAAAUGCAAGAAAUGAAUAUGUCGAUACUACAAUCGCAAAAGCGAUCGAUUUUUAUACACAAAAGCGGAAAGCUCUUUUCAUUGAUAGUUCCUCUGAGCCUAUCGACCCUCGCUUGGAGGCUAUCGUUAAUCGGAUGUUCCAGAGAUGCUUGGACGAUGGACAGUACAGACAAGCACUCGGGCUAGCUUUAGAAACGAGGAGGAUGGACAUCUUUGAGGAGUCCAUCAUGAAGUCUGAUGAUAUAGCAGGAAUGCUUCAGUAUGCCUUUACAGUGGCCAUGAGCCUCCUCCAGAACAGAGGGUUCCGCAGCACAGUUCUUCGUUCUUUGGUUGGACUAUACAGAGGGUUGAACAUACCAGACUAUGUAAACAUGUGUCAAUGCCUCAUCUUCCUUGAAGAUCCUCUGUCUGUAGCAGAAAUACUCGACAAAUUAACUCAUGGACCUCAAGAAUCAGUACUCAUGGCGUACCAAAUUGCCUUUGACUUGUAUGACUCAGCUACACAACAGUUCUUAGGUAGAGUUCUUCAGGCUCUGAGAAUUACGGCACCAAUACCUAGUGCUCUUGGUGGGAAACCACAACCCCAGGGAGGACCAUUCCCAGAAACUUCUAUGGAAGUAGACCAAACACCUGCAGAAGAAUCUAAAAAACCUGAAAGGGACAUAGAAAGCUUAAAUGAUGAAGAAAAAGAGCAUCAAAAAAGAGUGGAAAAAUUAAUAUCAAUAUUAGGUGGAGACGUAUCUAUAGGGUUACAAUUACAAUUCUUAAUAAGAUCCAAUCAUGCAGAUAUGCUCAUCCUUAAAAGUACUAAAGAUGCCAUAAGAGUGUCGAUUUGCCACACAGCUACAGUUAUAGCCAAUGCUUUUAUGCAUGCAGGAACAACGAGUGACCAGUUUUUGAGAGACAAUUUGGAAUGGUUAGCGAGAGCCACAAAUUGGGCUAAGUUAACUGUAACAGCUUCAUUGGGUGUUAUUCAUCGUGGCCAUGAAAAUGAAUCCUUGGCCCUCAUGCAGUCUUACUUGCCUAAAGAGGCCGGUCCAUCUUCAGGAUAUUCUGAGGGGGGAGGUCUUUAUGCCUUAGGUUUAAUUCAUGCUAAUCAUGGCGCCAAUAUCAUUGAUUAUCUUUUAACUCAACUAAAAGAUGCUCAGAAUGAGAUGGUGCGUCAUGGAGGUUGCUUAGGCCUUGGUCUAGCCGCUAUGGGAACACAUAGGCAAGAUGUUUAUGAGCAGUUGAAAUUCAACUUGUAUCAAGAUGAUGCAGUUACAGGUGAAGCGGCAGGUAUAGCAAUGGGAAUGGUGAUGUUAGGAUCACGGCAUGCUGCCGCCAUUGAAGAUAUGGUGGCUUAUGCCCAAGAAACACAACAUGAAAAAAUUUUACGUGGUCUUGCCGUUGGUAUUGCAUUUACCAUGUAUGGCCGGCUUGAAGAAGCCGAUGCACUUGUUCAACAAUUAUUGAGAGACAAGGAUCCGUUGUUGCGGCGUGCUGGUUGUUACACUAUCGCUACUGCGUAUUGCGGUACAGGAAAUAACGAUUCUAUUCGUACGUUGCUUCACGUCGCCGUAUCUGACGUAAAUGAUGACGUACGGCGUGCUGCUGUUACAGCUCUUGGGUUCCUACUAUUCAGAACCCCUGAACAAUGUCCUUCAGUUGUUUCGCUCUUAGCUGAGUCUUACAACCCACAUGUCCGUUACGGCGCUGCAAUGGCGUUAGGUAUCGCUUGUGCAGGCACAGGAAAUCGAGAAGCAAUCGGGCUGUUAGAGCCUAUGGUCAAAUUCGAUCCUGUCAAUUUUGUUAGACAAGGAGCACUGAUUGCAUCUGCUAUGAUCUUAAUCCAGCAAACGGAAGCCCUUUGCCCUAAAGUUACAUACUUCCGCCAACUUUACGCCCAAGUAAUUUCUAACAAACACGAAGAUGUAAUGGCUAAAUUCGGAGCUAUUCUUGCUCAAGGUAUCAUUGAUGCUGGUGGACGCAAUGUAACAGUUUCACUUCAAAAUAGAACUGGUCAUAUGAAUAUGUUGGCAGUAGUUGGAAUGUUAGUGUUUACGCAGUAUUGGUACUGGUUCCCACUUGCUCAUUGUUUAUCAUUAGCUUUUACACCCACCUGUUUGAUUGCUCUCAACUCUGAUUUAAAGAUGCCACUGCUUGAGUUUAAAUCAAAUUCAAAACCCUCACUCUAUGCAUACCCAGCACCAUUAGAAGAAAAGAAACGAGAGGAAAGGGAGAGAGUUACUACUGCUGUAUUGAGUAUUGCAGCUGCUAGAGCCAGAAGGCGAGCGCAUGGCACAGAAGGUUCAUCCAGCAGCGUGACAUCCUCUACUACUUCGAAAAUGGAUGUUGAUGAAGAGGACAAAAAGCCAUCCAAGUCACCAAAUCCAAAUAUUACUGUUCACGGUAAAUCCGAAAAGGAUGAAAAAGCUGGAGCAUCAAAAGAAGGUAAGAAAGACGAAAAAGAAAGUGAAGAAAAGGAAACAAAAGAAAAGAAAGAACCAGAACCAAACUUUGAAAUCCUUAGCAAUCCAGCUAGAAUCAUGCGUCAACAACUGAAAGGUAUAUCUGUUGUAGAGGGAUCAGGGUACACGCCGUUAAAGGAUGUGACGAUUGGGGGCAUUGUAAUGUUAAAUCAUACUGGAAAUGGUGAACAAGCCCUUGUUGAACCAGUGGCAGCAUUUGGUCCUAAAACUGAAGAAGAAAAAGAACCCGAGCCCCCAGAACCUUUUGAAUAUUUAGAUGAUUGAUACAGCCUUUUUGGUUAACACCUUUAUGCUUAAAAUAGUUUGUAGGACAAUAUGAAUCACUUGUAUUGGAAACUGUAAUAAAAUAUUGAAGUACA